UUCUGUAGCAGAAUGGCACCAGGUUUGCCUAUUGGAUGGAAGAGUUCAUUUUUCGUCUUUAUAGUUUAUAGGAUUGGGAUGCGGUCAUUAAAUUUCUUAAAUUUUAAAUUAUGAACGAAUUUUUUCACCAAAGUAAAUUCCAUUUAGUUAUGUAGAAAUUGUGCUCCGCUAUUAUUAUUCUUACUUUUUAGUUUUUCUUUAUAGAAAAUAAGGAAAAAUACGUUCAUAAGUAUGAUUGAAUUUUGUGAUUACUGUAGUGUUAUUUUUAACACUGAAGCUGAGCUGAUUGCACAUUGCAAUUCUGAAGCUCAUCAGUUGACUAUUAUGAGUGAUGAAGGUAGAGAAUGGAAAUUCAGAGCACCACCAAGAGGUGUUGGAGCUGACCAAUACUCAGUUUGUGUGGAAUUUGGAUUGCGUGGAAUGUGCAGGUUAAAUAAGCUGUGUUGUGAUGCUCAUGGUGAUGACGAAUUAUCUGAAUGGAAAGAGCGGUUUGAUUACAGACAAAAAAAGUUGCUACAAGCUAAAGAACGACGACUUCAAGGAAGGCACUAUACUGAGCAACUUCUGGAUAAAUGGCUUACGGCCCCUAAUCCAAAUUCUAUCAUGUCAGAAGUUUCAGAUGCCGUAGAAAUAGCUUUUGAACCAGAAUUGAAUCUAACUGUAUCAGAGAAAAAUUGUUGCCGAGAAUGGACUUUCCAUAUUUCUGCUAAAGCAACUUUGAGACACGCAGCAUUGCUUUAUGAAACUCACAGGUUCCAUUUUAGAAUAUCACAACUGAGAGCUCGCCGUGGAUCUGACAUGAAAGAAUAUAAUUUAGGCCCUCAGUGUCAGGAAUGGAAUAAUGAAGAUCUAAAUGCUUAUACAGAUGAAAGUUAUACCAUGAAGGUACGAUUCCUUACAAAUAUAUAUGGCACAUUUCGUCAAGACAUUGUUUUUGAUUUCGGGUUUGAACCUGUUUUGGUGAAAAAAUUAUGUGUUGAUGUUGUCUCACUCUGUGAUAUGGAAAAACUGCAACAAGCAAGAGAGACAGUGGUCUCUUUUACUGAGCGUUGGAGUAACAAUGAUGUCACCAUUGUACCUUUUGAAAAUCGUCCACAUCCCUUGGGUGAUCUGGAAAAAAAUCUUCUUUCUUGUUAUCCUGUUCCUAAUGGAAAAUUUAACGUCACCAAUUCCGUUAUGGAACCUACUUUAACACCUGAUAACUACUGUGCACGUCAACAUGAAUUACUCUGUAUUGAAGAAAUGACUCAGUAUGAACUUCUUUCACGGUAUAACAUUCAAGCAACUUUAAAUCUAUCAAGUUGCUAUCUUCUAACUCCAAAUUCUGCAGUGACUGCAAAAUAUGCUCAUAAUGGAGAGCUUUUUGCACAUAUGACCUUGACAUCUGUUUUAUCUGAAGACUCUGCAUCAGGAAGAUUAAUUCUUAGUAACUGUAGUACAGUCCUUCUAGCAUCUGUUAAAACAAAAGGAGAGGAACAGAGGAAAGUUUAUGAAGCAGUAAUUGAAGAUAAAGGAAAAACAGUUAUUUAUAUGAGAUUGUCUAAGAAGUGUUGUGAGGAGUUAAAACUAGGUCCUGAUCGAGAGUUUUUGGCUGAGGUGCAAUUUCAACUAAACCGUCUACCAGUGUGUGAAAUGCAUUUUGCUGUUGAUAGAUUGCACCCAACAUCAAUUGUAUUUCCAGAUAUAUCGGAGGUUCCACAAUUAUGGAAAAACAAACCUUUAAAUCAGAAACUUAAAUCAUUUGAACCUAAGCUCAAUCCAAAACAAAGAGAAGCUGUUUUAGCAAUUACUACUCCUCUCUGUGCCAAAUUACCACCUGUUUUGAUUAUUGGGCCGUUCGGAACAGGAAAGACAUAUACCUUAGCACAAGCAGUAAAAAUUAUUUUAGAUGAUCCUAACUCUAGAAUAUUAGUUUGCACUCAUUCAAAUAGUGCCGCUGAUAUUUACAUAAGAGAAUAUUUACAUCCACAAGUUGCUGAGGGUAGAAUUGAAGCUACACCCUUGCGUAUAUAUUACCGCCAUCGCUGGGUAGCGACUGUACAUCCGACAGUUCAACAGUACUGUUUAAUCAACUGUGAUAACAAUGAAAAGCAUUUUGUCAUGCCAACCGCUGAUGAUGUUAAAGCUCAUAGAAUUAUUGUCACUACUUUAAAAACUGCAAGAUACCUAGUACAGCUUGGCCUAGAAAAAGGGUUCUUUACUCACAUACUUAUUGAUGAAGCCGCUCAAGCAAUGGAAUGUGAAGCUAUAAUGCCUUUGUCACUGGCUGAUGAAGAUACCAGAAUUGUCCUUGCUGGAGAUCAUAUGCAGCUUUGCCCUGAAGUGUAUUCACCUUUUGCGCAAGAGCGCAAUCUUCACAUGUCACUCUUAGAGAGGCUAUAUGACUUGUAUCCUGAACAAUUUCCAUGUAAAGUGCUUCUUUGUGAAAAUUACAGAUCUCAUGAGGCAAUAGUACAGUAUACAUCUGAGCUUUUUUAUAAUAACCAUCUGCAGGCUAGUGGUCAGCAGCCAAGGCAUGAGAAGUUUUAUCCUUUGACUUUUUUUACUGCUAGAGGAGAAGAUGUUCAAGAUUGUAACAGUACUGCAUUUCAUAAUAACGCAGAGGUAUAUGAACUUAUUGAGCGGGUAAGUGAACUUAAAAACAACUGGCCUGCUGAAUGGGGUAUUCAAGAUGAGUCUAGUAUUGGUGUUGUGACUCCUUAUUAUGACCAGGUUGUUAGAAUUAGAGCUGAAUUAAGAAAAAAGAAGAUGCAUGGUGUGUCUGUAGAACGAGUACUGAAUGUUCAAGGAAAACAGUUUAGAGUCAUAUUUCUAAGUGUAGUCCGAACACGUCAAACUUGUGGAUCAAAAGCAAAACCAGAGUCCGAUUUAGAUCAUGGUUUUUUAUCGAAUGCUCGACUACUCAACACUGCCAUUACAAGAGCUCAAUCACUUGUGUGUGUUGUUGGUGAUCCUGUGUCUUUAUGUUCUGUUGGAAAAUGCAGGAAAUUGUGGGAAAAAUUCAUACUUACUUGUCAUAAAGAAACCAGUCUCUUUGGAAUAACGUGGGACUCUUUACGAUCACAAUUAGAUAGCAUGGAGUUGAAGAAAAAUUUCAUUUUAAAUCCCCUGGCACCAGAAUUCAUUCCUGGUCGAGUUUACCAUGGAUUCCCUGUUACUACUGCUGCCACCAGUGAGAACUUUUACACUAACAAUCCACCUCCUCAACCUUUUUUUGUUUUUUCUGCUCUACCCUCUCCAUUUCAGGGCCCUCCUCUAAUACAACCUGCUGUUGCUAUGGUAUCGGCACCUCAUCCUUAUGGUAUGCUAAAUAAUGUUCCAAACUGUGUUGUACCUCCUAUGAUUCCUCCUGCACAAUUAAAUCCUUUUCAAAAUUAUCCUUUUAAUUCACCAUCUUUACCUUCUCCUUUGCCACAACAACGCCCUGCAAAUAUUCCGAAUCGUAUUCAAACGGCUCCCUUCCCACGAAAGAUAAUCAAUCAAAGAAAUCCGCCAUUGUUAGAACAUCCUAUGAAGGACUUUGACCAUGGUUUUGGUUUAGGAAGACCCAUCAAAAGAAGUGAGCCUCAAGUCCCGUUCCAAGUGGCUAAUAAGCCAAUAACCAGAGGUCCAGAAGAUAAUAAUCAAGAAAAUUUUGAAGAAAUGAAGCGUCACCUUUUAAAUAAUGUUGACCGCCAUGUCAAUGGCUUCCAAAUGAAAUCCACCGAACUGGAAAAUUCGGUCACUUUACAAAAUUACCCCAACAAUUAUUUUGAGAAAGGAAAUAAAUUUUCAAAGUCUGAAGAAAUUCCUAAUGUUCCUUUAAGAAAUGGUUUUUGUGGAGAUGAAUUAAACAUGGGUUUAUUUGCUGAUCCUUCACGAAAAAUUCAAAUGAAUGGUGUAUGGGCUCCUCCCAAGAUGCGUUCAGAAUCUGAUUUGCACAACAACUCGGUCAAUUCAUUUGAGGAACAUCAUAUGAGGAUGCCGUUCAAUGACAUGAAUGGUAUGGCCAGUGAAAAAGAGCGUUUCAUGUUCGAGCCUCCAAAUGCACACAUGUAUGUGCCCCCUCCGCCACCAGAUAAAUGGCCCAAUGCUACUGAGCCUCUCCAAAGCACAAAUUCAGCUGAUCUUCCUGCUUUCAAUAUACCUAUGGUCCAAACAUCUCUUCUUGAAAAAUUAGGACUUUUGCAGAAAUUUUUGCCUCCUGGAACAAACAUUCCAGCGUUUUUAGAUAAUGAUGAGCAGAUAAAAGCUUAUAUACAGAAUUUGGUGGUUUCUGAGGGUUCUCAAGCUGCAAAAGCUUUUGUAGUUUUGCUUCUAUACAUUAAAAGAGACCAAGAAGCUCUUCAAGAGGUAUACCAGAGAAAAAUGAGAAAUGCCCGGUUCCAGUCACCUUCUCAUAAUAUUCCAGAAACACCAACUCCUGUUGCUAGAAAUAUUCCCUGUUAUUCAUCACCAAGACCAGUAUUCAAUAAUAUAUCUAGGCCACAAGAAAGUUUCAAUAAUUCUGAAUCAUUAAAUUCAGAAGUUCCUUUUAACCCUUUCUCAAUGCCUCAUAUAUUUUCCCUAGAUAAGUUAGAUGCAACCUUCAACAAUAGUGACAGAAAUAAACAGGAAGUUCAAAAACCUCAUUCAAAUAUGGGCAAUUUUGUUUAUCCUUGGGUGUCUGAAAAUAUGAAUGGAAGCUGCCAAAAUGAUCCACCAGUUUAUGAGAUGUCAAAAUUAUCUGUGAGGAGUCCGGUUCAAAAUAAAAUUCCCAAUGGGGAUUUACAAGAGGAUGCAUUUUCUUCAAGUGCAUACCACAAUAGGCAUUUUGGAGGAGAAGCUACAGAAGAAAAUUUGCGGCAUAUUUUUGGUACACCAGAUGCACCACCAAUAAAUUCUUUCAAUGAAACAAAUAAUGAUUCAAGGGGGGCUCUGAUGUGUUCUUUUCCUGAUGGUGGAAAUCAGCAAAAUUCAUAUUUAAAUCGUCUCCGAAAUCUACCACCAACUUACAAUUCCAACAAUUAUGAAUUAGAUUUUGCAAGAAUAGAUGAUGGGUUGGUUUCUAAAAGUUCAGAAUACUCAGGUGUGAUGACAGCUGGUCCGUUAUCUGUAUCCUACCCAGAUAUUCCUGAUCUUCUCUCUCAUAUUUGUCCCAAUAGUAAAGAUACAUCCAAAGUUAUUCGAAAACCCACCCCUAGAACAUCUGAAAGCUCUUCUAGUCCUUUUGUCUAUGGCAUCAAUUUACAACCUAAUAAUGAUUCGUCAUUGCGUUAUCCACAAAUAUCUUCAGAAGGUAUGACAUACGCUAAAAUAUUGAGUUCCCCUCAACAAUGACACUGUGUAGUUUAGCUCAUUUGAAAAAUGUUCUAUUUACAUAAUAUAUAUAUAUACAUGAAGCAGUGCAUUAAUAUAAUGGAAGAACAAAAUGUUUUACCAAGAUUGUAAUUUUAAAUCUUUAAUCGUUUAAUAUUUUCAUCAAAUUGAUGUGAUGUGUAGAUGAAUGUAUACUUACUUGUGUAUAUUAGUAUCACUUUGUGAUUAACUGUACAUAGUUCAUUGUGUUUUCUAUCCAUUAAAUUUCAUUUGUGCAAUA